GACUUCCAGGCGAUCGUCGGGCUGGGGCCGAUCCCCGAAGGCGCGGACCACAACGCUGGCGGCGUCCUGCUGGGCCUGGCGCUCGUGCAGGAGCGCCGCGGCUCCUACGAUGCGUCUCUCGCCACUUCGCUGGUCGCCUACGAGUACUACAAGGGAUCUUGGCGGGUGUUUGACCCUACCCUUGCAGACGGAGUGCAGAAGCUGCCAUGCCUGCUCAACUCCAACGUGUUCCUCGGGUUCAUCCACAGAAUCGGAGGAGAGUCCUUCACAGAGUGUCCGCUGCUGGAUAGCGACGCCACCGGGCCCGCCAACGAGCUGCCAAACGACCCCUGGUACGUAGUUCCCCCACUCGUGCCCGCCUGCGCGCUCUCAGACGUGCUUGAAGACAUGGCGCCCAUGCUUGUCCCAGACUGCCCCCGGCUCAGGGUGCGCACCCUUGACGGCCUGGCCUCUGCCGACGGUUACUUGGAGCGCCCGAUCGCGCGAGAAGUGGUGCAGUUCGCCCUGAAUCUGGGCGACGGUGUCCAGACGGCAUGGGCCACUUGGGCCGACCAGAAGCAUCAGCUGCAAACCCCAGACGGAUCCGAGGGCGCACCAGUGCCACGUCUCUCGCGGCAUUUGUCAGAGGUCGAGUGCCUUCAGUUCCUUAGGUACAGUGAGGCCGAGCUCGCCACCUUCCUCGCGACCCCGUCAGUGCGGACUGGCCCCCUGAUCACCACGAGGAAGAUGUCUCUGCCAGGCGAGAGCCAGAUGGCAUGGGAGUGCGAUUCAGCCCAGAUGCCGACCGCGGUGCCCUGGUUGGUCCAGUCGAGGAUGUCCAUGGCCUCAAAUCAGGUUGCGGAGCCCUGUUUGUGGAAGGCUGGCACGCGGUCCGCGACCAGCGCGAUCGGCGUGACAGAGGCGGCGGGCAGUGCAACCCACGUGGGCGCGACGAAUUUCAUGGAAGAUAUGCACUGUUGGCAUUUCGACAUUGGAAUCCUAUGCUGGGGCCGUGACAUCCGCAUCACCUGGGGCGAUGUAUGGGGCAGGCAGCGCGAACGUGACACGCGGCGCUACGACCCGGCCACCCGCUUUGGCGAGGGCCCGCAGGGCAAGGGCGCGCCGCCACCGGACAAAGGCAAAGGGAAGCGCCCGCCCGACGCGGCCAGGGCGCCGUGGCAGCGCCGCGCGGGGCAUCGGCCAGUGUUGGUGAAGCUCACGGCGCAGUGGACAGUCGCAGGGACUGCCAUCGCACUUCACGAGCGCCGCGGCUCCUACGAUGCGUCUCUCGCCACUUCGCUGGUCGCCUACGAGUACUACAAGGAGCGCGACGCGGAGCGCGGCUGGGAGUCCUCUUUCACUGCGAAGGCGGCCAUGCAAGUCAGCAGAUCGCAGCUGAACCUCGGUCGCCUGCCAGAGGCCGAGGCCAUCUCCAGAGAAGCGGUGCGGAUCUUCGAGGUCACCGCGGGCGACGACUCCCCCCUUGUCGCGUCGGCGCUGACGCGUCUAGGCAGGAUCCUCGUAGCGCAGGGCCGCCUCGACGACGCACGGUCGGCCCUGCACCGCGCCUACCGGCUCGAGGCCGCGAAGGAUGCGUUCGACCUGCAGGGGAUCAUGGAGAUCCAUGGCGAGCUCGUGGGCACGCACCUGUCGGCCCCGAAGCUGGACCAGGCUGCCUUCCAGCGCUACUUCGAGGUCGUGACCGACGUCGUCGGGCGCGUCCGCGAGGAGAUGCCCCAAGAUGGCAACGCUGGCGCGUACUACAAGGUGGCAGGCGAGCUCUUCGCGCUUGGGGCCAGCUGCGCCCAGGGCCGCCCGCUGCUCGUGGAGGCGGUCUCGCUGCUCGAGGGCGAGAUUUCCGUGGACACUUCGGGCCUCGUGCGCCAGUGCCGCGACCUGGUCGCCUACUGCGACGGCACCUACGACGCGGGGCCUCCCGAGCCCGGAGAAGGCGCCGCCAGGCGGGACGAGUUGUGA